AUGGCUAGCCCAAAGAGAGGCAUUAGUACUUUAAACCAGAACGGAGAGCGUAUAUCUACCUCUCGUAAUGGCUUUAUAGAAGUCAUUAUCCUAGAUGCGACAGACGUUGGAAGCGCUAGAGAACCUACCGCAUAUACGAGUCCCGAGAGUUUGCAGGCCCUUAUCCUCCUAAUCGCAACACACCAGCUAUUAACGGGAUCGUUGCAGCUCGUUUCCGCUGGCGAAGUUAAACGCUAUUCCGAAGAUUCAAAAGGUUUUCCUACUAAUUACAUCGGAAGACCCGGCCAUAUUCCACCGCCCGCGAGCAAGUCGUACGGCCUACCUUCCUUUGGUAUUGAGGGCUCAGAUACUCUCGAGAAUUCACAGGCCGUACAGUCCCCUAUAACCACAUCGUACGGGACGACCGACGGCGAAAUCGACUUCCAGAACCCCCUUCCAUCAAGAGAGUUCAAGGAAGCCACAGUCCUAGAAUUCUUUGCGAUAUUUUCGAAACGAUCUGGGCUCAAUACAGGCUUGUUACAGAAGCUCACCUUCAUAGUCGCCUUCGCAGAUUACCUUCGACUCGUGAACCAAAGCGACGAUGAGAGACAGUGGUUGAAUUUGAAGAGAAGGCUGAGUUACCUAUUUAAGGAGGCCGUAGCAAAGCGGCCGCAGGAGACCGAGUUUGAGGUAUGGGUUGUAGAAGAUAGUGACUUGGCAGGAUUUUAG